AUUUGUAGGCCAAUUGGUGGAAGUUAAGGCUUUAUGUCUUUCUGUCGUUAUGUUUUAUAUUAGUAUAGAAUUAGUAUAUUACCAGUUUUUACGUCAAUAUUAAACGAAAUUAAACCUAAGAACGUAGAUAGACAUCUACAUCCAAAUAGCUGUGGUUAGUCCUCUAGUACGCAAUUUCAUUGUGCAACUUACUUCCUAGUCGUUGUUUUCUGUUACCGCUUGUGAAAUGUUUUUUGGAACCUUAUGCCUGAAAAUAAAAGAAGAGACAUUCAUAUAAAGUUUGUUUACAUCCGAAACCAUACAAGUACAGUUGGUUUGCAUUCUUGAGUAUAUCGAGCAUUCUGGGUAGAGAUGCAUUCCUCCAUCCUUUUCCUGAUUGGACUGGUUUUCGCACUGUCUGGAGUCCAUGGAGGCAAGGUUCUUGUGUUCCCAUUGGAUGGCAGCCAUUGGGUAAACAUGAGAGUCUUGAUUGAAGAGCUACAUUUGAGAGGACACAGCGUUUCUGUGGUGCGAGCAUCGGACAGCUGGUACAUCAAGGAGACGUCCCCUUACUACACCGCUAUCACAAUCAAUGGCACAGGGGGACACCCCAAGGAGUAUCUGAGCUUGCUUGUAUCUAGGUUACUGCAUAUACAAAGACAAGGUGCAUCUGCUUGGACUCGCUAUAGCUUAGACAUGGAAUUGAAGGAUGGAUUUUCCCAGAUGCAUAAACUCAUGACUGAAAUGGUGAUUCGGAUGUUUGAAGAUCAGAGGCUGAUGCAGUCCCUGCGCGCUGCUGAAUAUGACUUGGUACUGGCUGAUCCCGGUGCAGGUGGUGGCGCUGUGCUAGCCCACUACCUUGGUCUGCCGCUUGUUUUUAAUGCUCGAUGGACAGUACAUGGAGAAGCUCAUUUGGCAAUUGCUCCCUCACCACCUUCCUAUGUUCCUUUCCCAGUAGCAGAGUUAACAGACCAAAUGAACUUCCCCAAUAGAGUCCGCAACAUGCUUUACUAUAUUAUCAGACCACUUCUUUACAAAAGCACUGUUAGUCCCCAUUACACAGCUCUGUGCCAUCGUUACUUUGGCCCUGAGGUAGACUAUUUUAAGCUCUUUCAGGCAGCAGAUAUUUGGCUCAUGAGGGUAGAUUUUGUCUUUGAGUUCCCACGCCCCACUAUGCCUAACAUUGUAUAUAUGGGUGGAUUUCAAUGCAAACCUGCUAAGCCCCUUCCAGAGGACCUGGAGGAGUUUGUUCAGAGCUCUGGAGAACAUGGCGUCAUUAUUAUGUCCUUGGGAACAUUAUUUAGUGAGCUUCCCCAUGAUUUAGCAGAUGAGAUAGCUGCUGCUUUUGCCCAGUUGCCUCAGAGAGUUAUUUGGAGGCACACAGGGGACAGGCCUGCUACUCUGGGCAACAACACUCGGCUGGUCUCCUGGAUGCCUCAAAAUGACCUCCUGGGACAUCCUAAGAUCAGAGUCUUUGUUGCUCAUGGGGGAACCAAUGGAAUUCAAGAGGCCAUUUAUCAUGGCAUUCCAAUAGUUGGUCUCCCACUCAUUUUUGACCAGCCUGACAACCUUAAUAGAAUGAAAGUGAAGGGGGCAGCAAAGAUAGUGGAUAUUGUGACUUUAGACAGGAACAUCUUCCUCAAGGCCUUACAGGAAGUGCUCUAUGAGCCCUCCUAUAGGAUGAAUAUGCAGAGGCUCUCCAUGCUGCACCGUGACCAGCCAAUGAAGCCACUGGAUCGUGCCCUCUUCUGGAUCGAGUUUGUCAUGAGACACAAGGGUGCCGCUCACCUACGCACAGAGUCUUACAGGAUGCCCUGGUAUGUCUACCACUCAGUGGAUGUCAUCGGGGUCUUGCUGGCUGCCAUGUUGUUCAUCUUACUGAUUAUAAUGUUUGUUAUCAAGUAUCUGUGCUGCAGGGUGCUCUGUAAAAGAAAAAUUAAACCUGAAUAAGUGCUAAAACUUUUCAAUUUUAUUGACAAGAAAGAGGCUGCAUGCCAUUUUUACCUUCAGAAGGCCAAUUAUGGUAAAUUCACCUUCAGGUUCCAAACUUUUCUCCCCAAACUGGCUGUAGAGGCAAGGCAAGGCAAGUUUAUUUGUAUAGCACAUUACAACAAGGCAGUUCAAAGUGCUUUACAUAAAACUACAGCUGCACAGAUACUCAAGAUGACAGAAAUGAUGUCUUGUGAGUAGAGCCCGACCGAUAUAUCGGUUUGGCCGAUAUAUUUGGCCGGUAUCGGCCAUUAUUUGACUUUUUUGACGACAUCGGGAUCGGCAGUUAUGCAGCC